AUGGGAGGAAAAUCAUGUGGUAUUCACAGAGGAGCAAAAAUGCAACCAUCUGAAAUGGUCAUGAAUUUGAAACAAGUCUUUCUGUCUGUGCUGAUGUUUGGAGUAGCAGGUCUGCUCCUCUUCAUGUAUCUACAAGCAUGGAUUGAAGAGCAGCAUACAGAACUGAGGACAACCAACUACUUCCAGCCCGCACCCAGAAUCAUAUCUAGAGAGAAACUGCAGCCGAUCAUUAACCAGGAUUCCAAGCUCCAGAUUCUAGGGGAGCUGAAGCAAAACAAUGAGAGUUUUAUUAUUACUAAGACAUUCUCUGGGUCCCUGAGUGAGGUCCGCCACUUAAAAGGAGGUGCUCAGGCAUCAAGUGAGACAAUAGACUCACCAAAUGGCAAGUCGUAUGAGCAGCAUCAAGUAACCAAGUCUCUUUUCAAGAAGUUUAACCAAAUAACUUGGCCAUUGGACACUCGCCCUUUGAAUAAGAGUUUAAUCAGAGGUGACAAAUGGAAGAAAACUGAUGCAGCUCAAGAAAAAAGGAGAGCUUUCCUUCAGGAUUUUUGUAAGAAAUAUGGGGGUGGGAACCGUGCCCAAUCCCAUCUUUUUCACAUGGUAUCCAGAAUCUAUGUGGAAGAUAGACACAAAAUCCUCUAUUGUGAAGUACCUAAGGCUGGCUGUUCUAACUGGAAAAGAAUUCUCAUGGUGCUGAAUGGCCUAGCCUCUUCUGCCUAUAAUAUUACUCAUAAUGCUGUGCACUAUGGGAAACAUUUGAAGAAGCUAGAUAGCUUUGAUUUGAAAGGGAUAUAUACCCGUUUAAAUACUUACACCAAAGCUGUUUUUGUUCGUGAUCCCAUGGAAAGGUUAGUUUCUGCAUUUAGGGAUAAGUUUGAACAUCCAAACAGCUACUACCAUCCGGUAUUUGGAAAGGCAAUUAUUAAGAAAUAUCGACCCAAUGCAUGUGAAGAAAAAAUAAACAACGGAUCCGGUGUAAAAUUCAAAGAGUUUAUCCACUAUUUGCUGGAUUCCCACCGCCCAGUAGGAAUGGACAUUCACUGGGAAAGGGUCAGUAAACUCUGCUAUCCUUGUUUGAUCAACUAUGAUUUUGUAGGGAAAUUUGAAACUUUGGAGGAAGAUGCCAAUUACUUCUUGCAGCUGAUUGGUGCUCCAAGAGGACUAAAAUUUCCAAACUUUAAGGACAGACACUCUUCUGAUGAAAGGACCAACGCAGACGUUGUAAGACAAUAUUUGAAGGACUUGUCCACUAUGGAGAGACAAUUGAUUUAUGAUUUUUAUUACCUGGACUAUUUGAUGUUUAAUUAUACAACACCAUUUGUAUAG